UAUAACAAAUAGCUGAUAACACUGGUAUCAUUUCUGAUUGUUCAAGAUGGUGCGGAAUUCGUCCGCGAGAAGGGUUGCCAGUGUAUGCAGAGCAUUUGGUGCACUAACCAGUACACAAAGUGCGGAACGGGUGCAACUUCUCCAGGAGCGGAAAACAGGCAGAAGAUGUGCCGCAGUCACGAGCAGCAUUAUCCAUGGUCAGCCACCACCUGCCUUUAGAGUCGACACGCACGGGGGCGGAUUGAGCAGAUGGGGUCUUCCAGUGCAUCCUUGCAGACAGCUGACAGAAUUGGCUGUCGGUGUGCGUAUUUUGAAGUCGGUAUACGAAGCAUAAAGAAUCGGAUAUGCAUGGACUAUGCGAGUAUUACUACUAGAUUUUCAGACACUCCGGACUUGCCACCUCCACGGGGUUGCGGGAGAACGGCACAGAGAGAUUGCCUU